CAACCCCAACCCCAACCCCAACCCCCAUAUCAAUAAACAUAGCAUCUGCCCCCUUUCCCAACAUCCCCCAGCUCCCAACUCACUAAUUUCUAUCUCUCCCUCUCUCUGCAAUUGAAAAGCUGAAUCCAUGAAGCAAAUCCUUCACUCUAGUACUCUCCUCCUCUUCCUUGUGUUUCUCAUCUUCUCCUCUUCCUCAAAGUCAUCUGCUCGACUGCUAAUAACCAAACAAGGAGAAGAAGGGGUAAAGCUAAAAGAACUGAUUAAUGGAGUUUCCCUUUUAGAGAUGGAAGGCAAUGAUUCUUUCGAGCAGCUGAUGGGUGUGGAGGAUUGUGAAAAUGGAGAUGAAGAAUGCCUGAAGAGAAGGAUUAUUUCAGAGGCUCACUUGGACUACAUCUACACACAGCACCAUAAGCCUUGAGGCUGCCUCUUGGGAGGACUAUACAAGUUCAAUGGCUUCAUUGUAAACUGAAAUCUAUCCUCCUAGAAUUCUAGAGGAUCUGCUAUUUGGGGGUUCUUUUUAACCAACUAUCACAGUAUGACAAUCAUUACAGGCGGUUCAGGGUAGUGUUUAGUUUUUAAUAUAGAAGGUAACUAUUACACCUAAGUAUAGAUAUGACUGGCUUGUGUUGGUAUGCUUUUGUUAUAAUGAGUGAUCCUACUAAGGUUUCUACUUUUUACUGCCUAGAAUUCUUUCCAUGUUGAAAUGAAGGAAUGGGUGAGUUGCUUGCAAGGACAAGUGGCUUAUAUAACCUAGAUUCACUAUAGAGAGAUGCUGGGGAUAAAACUGAAGUUUGGAAAGGCAUAUAAUCUAUUGAAGGAUGCUUCCCUUCCAGAAUGA